CAACGCCCAUGUCGCCGCCGCCCGACGUCGCUGGGCCCAGCACCGCCGCCGGGCCGAGCAACGCUGGCCCCGCGCCCUACGCUACCAUCGAGGCCGAGUGGCGCGCCGCUGCGUUCGCUUACGCGCCGGAAUAUCGCGAUUGCCUGCUUGGCGCUGUGUGUGUCGGGAUCGUUGAUCCAAGGGGAGCCCCACCCACCCUCCGCUCGAGCCUCACCGCCCUCCCAGUACACUCGCACACGGCCAUCGUCGGCCUGCUGGACGACCUCGACGCCGACGACGACGCGCCAACGCCGCCGCCAGCAAAGCCAAUACUCCGCGCCGCGCCGCGCCGCGUUACCUUCUCCGAGCCUGCCGUGCCGAGGCGCGCGCCGCCGCCUGUGCCAUUAGACCUUCAGUCGUCGUUCCGCAGCCCGGAGAAGAGGCAACACCCCGCGUCGGCGUUCGACCCGGCGUCGUCUGCACGCCCAGCGUCCAUGGUCGACAGCGCGGCCGCGACCUCGACCUCGCCGCCCACCACAACGACCGCGACGCGCCCGGGCUUAUCACACCGCCCGCUGUCGUGGGCCGACGCGGCAACCGUCGCCAAGUGGCCGUGGGGCGCGCGCCGGGGCAGCGGAGCGAGCACGCCCACGAGCCCGGUGGGGCCGGUGACGCCUACCGCGGGGGUGUUCGUAUCCGAGGGCGAAGAGGAGGAGGGGAAGGGCAAGGAUGGGGGGAAGACUGGGGGGAAGGGAGACGGCGGGGGCAAGGAGGCGGCCUAG